GAGGAUUCUCCAGUUUAUUGGUAUGCUUAUGAACUUCAAGAGAGACUUUUUUUUAUUAGUCCACACGAAUUCAGCACUGAUACGUGAACGUGAAAGUAACGCAUUUGGAUCCUAACGUUUUCCCCGAGAGCGCUCCAUAAUAAUGGUUUGAGCAGCAUUUGUCCUUCAGCGCUCAUCCCUCAGCGGGAUAAGUUGGAAAUCCCUGAAUAAUCCCAGCGUAGCAGGGUUGCCCGAGGACGAGAGGAACACGAGCGUGUUUUGUUUUGCCUUUUACUUAGUCGAAGGUGCAGGAGAGUACGAGGUAGCCAGCAACUCGCUGUGCUUCUUUAACAAUCAAUGAAGUCCUCCUGGCUACAGAGGACGGUCAUUUGGAUAGGGCGCUUGAUGUCUUUGUGGCGCAGGUGCCGCAGGAAGGUGACGCUGGUAAUGGUGGGACUGGACAAUGCUGGGAAAACUGCCACAGUACGGGGCAUCCAAGGAGAGAGUCCUCUAGAUGUGGCUCCGACAGUGGGCUUCUCUAAAGUGGACCUGAAGCAGGGCAGGUUUGAAGUCACCAUCUUUGAUCUCGGUGGGGGGAAGCGGAUCCGGGGCAUCUGGAAGAACUACUACUCCGAGUCGUAUGGCGUGGUGUUUGUGGUGGACUCCAGCGACGUGCAGAGGAUCCAGGAGACCAGAGAGACCAUGGCAGAAGUGCUACGGCACCCUCGUAUUGCCGGCAAACCCGUGCUAGUGCUGGCCAACAAGCAGGACCGAGACGGUGCGAUGGCUGAAGCUGACAUCAUCGAGAGUCUGUCACUGGAAAAGCUCGUCAAUGAGAACAAGUGUCUCUGUCAGAUUGAACCGUGCUCAGCCGUCCUGGGCUACGGUAAGAAGAUAGACAAGUCCAUCAAGAACGGCUUGAACUGGCUCCUGAACAACAUCGCCAAGGACUACGAGGCGAUCACGGAGCGCGUUCAGAGGGACACGGCCGAGCAGCGCGUACAGGAGGAGCAGGAUAAGAAGGAGAGAGCAGAGCGAGUGAAACGCAUCCGAGAGGAGAGAGACAGACAGGAGCAUGAAGAGGUGGAGAAAGCAGGCAGGCAAAUAAAGGAGGAGGAGUCUGAGGAUGCUGAUAUGUCCAACCCAUUCCUGCCAAUCAACCAUAUCGUUGCAGAGAAUGAAAACAAACUGAAAAAAGCAAUGGAGAUGAAAAGGGAAGGAGAAGAGCUCACGGAGGACGGCGUCCCGGAGCCUAAGAGCAAACAGGAGGAGGAGGAGGAGAACGAGGAAGAACACGACGAGGAAGAGAGCGAAAGACAGACGCCGGAGAGCCCAGAAUCAGGUUCGACAGACCAGACCAAAAAGAAGAUAAAGAAAAUACGCCUGAAGCGGAAAAACCGCGUCGACCCUCUCAUAAUGGACGACGCAGCCAAGAGCCCGACUCCGCCCUCCGCACCCGUUGGAUGGGCUACUCCCAAAGUUUCUAGACUCCCCAAGCUCGAACCUCUCGGAGAUACGAGGCCUUCUGAUUUCUAUGGCAAGCCCCUCCCACCUGUAGCAAUUAGACAGAGACCAAACGGAGAAACCCAUGAUGUCAUUUCCUAGCCCCUCCUUCUCCUCUCCCCAUCCUCCCAAAAGGUUAGAGAUGCUUCGUCUCCACCAAUCACGCUCUGCAUUUUUUUUUUCUCAUUUCUCUCGUCUCCAAGCCCGGGCCGUGUAAAUACGCAACAAUCACCAGCCGGAGUCAGCGAGAGGAACCAAUCAGCUUGCUCGGAGGGAUCACGUGAACAACCAAGGACAGGAAUGCUACAAAGAAUUGUGGAUCAUUUUAAACAUUCAGCUGUGACUGAAUUCGGACCUACAUUACAAACAUGUAGCCGUUUUAUUUUUUCAUUCAACGACGAAGCAUUAUAAUCUUAAAUAAUAAGGUUAUAGUCUUCGUCCAAUUAGAUUAAAGAGUGUCUAAUCUUUAUUUUUAACUGAAUCACAUAACUGUGAAUUCGGCACUUUUUGGAACAUUACAUUUUGGCAUAUAUUAAGUGUCACUACAACUGUGCUGAACAAACUCUCCGGCUUCAAACUGUAUCCAUGAGACUUGCUCAUGUUUCUUUUUUUUUCUUUUUUUUUUUUUUUUUAUACAGACAUCUUUUGAGGAUUUCACCGGUUUGUCAACAACUUCCACAUUGUCACCAGCAGAAAAAUCACACAACAUGCAUAACAUGUUAAAGGAAAAAAUCACCCUGAACGUCUUUCCUAUUAAUCUUGAAUUAUUAAAACUGUGAGCUUCACUUGCAACGAAGAUUUCAUUUGUAUUGAAGAGAAACAGGUGGCUUAGUGGUUAGCACGUUCACCUCACACCUCCAGGGUUGGGGGUUCGAUUCCCACCUCCUCCUUGUGUGUGUGGAGUUUGCAUGUUCUCCCCGUGCCUCGGGGGUUUCCUCCGGGUACUCCGGUUUCCUCCCCCGGCCCAAAGACAUGCAUGGUAGGUUGAUUGGCAUCUCUGGAAAAUUGUCCAUAGUGUGAGUGUGUGAGUGAAUGAGAGUGUGUGUGUGUGUGUGCGCCCUGUGAUGGGUUGGCACUGCCUCGAGUUGUAUCCUGCCUCGAUGCUCGAUGACGCCUGAGAUAGGCACAGGCUCCCCGUGACCCGAGAAGUUCGGAUAAGCGGUAGUAAAUGAAUGAAUGAACAGAAACAUAAACUAUUUUCUCAGCCUGUUGGUCUGUUUCCGUACAUUACUCACAAUUCCGUCGGACUCCCUGACGAUCACGGGUAACGUCUCUGUACUUAAAGCGAGCAAUGCAGUGCAGCGGCGCUUUAAUCCUUCAACCGGAUACCGCAGUCUCCUCGUAGCUCUGUAGCCGAGAUGAGCCGAAUCUCCGACGCAACUUUUUCGCCGUAUCGCUGCAUUGCAUUCUGGGGCUUUGGGAGUCCAGGCUUUUGUGCUAAUGUUAACACUUGUGCUAAUGAGAACAAAAAUACAGAAUACAACCAACACGUGAGCAUCACCGAACACAGCAAAUAUUUCAAUCUAAACACGUCCGUGUUUCAGGGUGGAGUUUUCUUUUAAGUUGACUUUUUUUUUUCCCGAUGAGAAACACAGCAGAGAUCUUUACCUGGCUUAUACACACUUUGUCUCAUCAGACUAUUUUUGUUAUGUAGCUGAAUCAUGUACCGAUUACAGCGGAGUGCUUUGUUUAAAAAGGACAAAAAGCCUUUUAUGUUUAUUUUUUUUCUUCCUUCAUUCAACUUCUUGUUUCAAUACAGUUUUACAGAAACACAUUUCCCAAAGCAUAAGUUUUAAGCUGGAACAUUUCACACACACUACACCGAUUCCACAUUUAGGGGUUUAUUCAUUUUAAGCUGUACUGUAAAUGACCGGUAGCUUAUUUAUUCCAUUAUUUGUUUUUAACCCUGUGCUUCCCUGAUGUAUUUGCUAAUGCAUAUUCUUUUAUAUUUGACACUCCUGACUGAAUGUUUUUUUCUUUUCUUUCAGAAUUAUGUAUUUCAUUUCCCAUUUUAAAUAACCUUUCGUUUUUAUCUAUCACUUUCUCAUAUAUUUUCUUUAUGUACUUUUUAUCCAUCUUGGUUUAAUAUGAAUGCAAUUAAAUGCAUAAGUAUUUUUUA